AUGGCUGCUUUCGAAGACAUGAAGUACUACAGCGUGAAUUGGAGCAUGGCAGAGCCGAUGACAUGGGGCAAGGAUGCUGGGUGCGAGUUUGUGAACGGAAAAUGUGCUGCCGGUGCCCCUGCUGGGUCAAAGAUGUUCUGCGAUGCAGAAGACACGGUACUCCGUUGUACGUCUGACCGCCUCGCUGUUGGGCAAUGCUCUGCUUUCGUUGGUGUCACGCCGGAAACAGGUGCUGCUUGUUCUGUUUUUGAGCCGUUUGCGAACAACAAUAAAGCAUUCGCCUCCGUUUCAAGCGCGUGCGCCGAGCAACAAACCGACUUCCUCCCUGGGUCGCGCACAGGCAGUGGAUCGUGGUGCCUGGAUGUGGAGUCUCUCGACAUGAAGUUUGGUAAGGAGGACAAGGCCCCAGUGGUCAAAGGNGUUUUUUGGGUCUCUCCCCGCUCUAGCAGACCGAGCUGCAGUCAACAUCAUGAACGCGGACGUCUAGUGGGAUCUCUGUUGGUCGAUUCACCUCUUCACCGGUGA